CAAAAUAUCAUGCUGGCCAUAGAUAGCCUCCCCCUGGUGAUCCUGAGAAACAUUCCACAAUUUGUCCUUGAAAACUCAUGGCAGGAUUUAUCCGCUCUAAGUCAAACAAGUCAAGCUUGGUAUGACCUCACAGUGGCUGACUUGUACAAGAACCUUCGGGUCAAAUUCCGCGACCUUGCCAGUCUCCAACGUGAUGUCUCCGAGCUUCGCCCAGACGGCCUAGGUCGACAGUAUCUACGGUACGCCCAGAACCUAGAUAUUGUUUGCCUCGAAAAGCCAUGGAUAGAAACCAAAAAGGCCAGGCGUCUCUGGCAGAAGAAAGACUGGGCAAAUGAGUUUGUCAUCUUCAAGCCUCCGGCGUCUCAAGAUACCUUCCUACAGUGCACUUUCUUGGAGUGCCCUGACCCUUACCUCGGCUUUCUUACCUCGACCAACGCAUAUUAUCAGGACAAUGACUGGGAGCCCAUCAUUGCACUUAUCUCACAGUUACAGAAUCUACGGUUGCUCAACUAUGUCGUAACGAACAUGUUUCCCACAUCCCUCUAUCAGGCACUUGAACGACUUCACCCAACCUGUCAGCUAAAUAUCUGGACCUCACAGUCUCCGUCCCUUAAUGUACCAGGCUUGGGCCGCGCCCAUGCUUGUGUAGAGAAUGGAUUUGAACAACCAUUCGAUCUUAGCAUCCUCCCUGCGCCGACGCUCCAUACGUUCCAUGCCGUCUACACUCUGACCAGGAGUGCCCCGGGCUCAGAUCAAUGGGUUCAUCAUAACGAACCCUUCUCCUUCAUCUUCAUGGCCCCAAAUUUGAAACAUUUGAUUAUCCAAGAUCGCUCAGAGGACAAGGAUAAUUCAGUCUUCAAAGUUAAAGAGGAGUGGAAAAGGUUCAUUUCCGAAUCGAGACCUUCCCCAGCGGCAGUUUCCCUGGACUCGCUGACCUUCAAUCGUGACGCGUGUAACCCAGUGGAGCAGAUUCUUGUUAGCCUCUCAACUAUGAUCGAUUUGUCUACACUCCGGUCCCUUGCUAUUGGAGUCCAUUCGGAUCCGUCACUGUUAAUUCAAGCGGCUCCAAAUCUGGUUGGAUUGGAACGCCUAUACAUUGACAUGAUUCCGACGCAAACGGGGUCCCAAUUUCAUUGGCGUAGUAUGUCAGAAGAUGCGACAUGGCUUAUUGAGGACAUGAUUUCUGCCGUGCAAGCAUUUCGGCCACUCCGAUUCUUGUCCCUACGAGGAUUACGGACCUUCUCAUCGCUAGACCGCAUCCUGUCCCAUCACCCCACCUUGGAAGGCCUGAGCCUGGAGACAUCUGCGGGACAACGCGACCAUCCGCCGACAGGAAACGAGUACAAAUACCCAAUCUCCAGCGGUGAUCACAUCCGAUCUGUGGCAACGUCAUGUCCUCAACUGGCAGAACUUCGGCUACCGCUACAGCGCACCCAGGGCAACGCCCAUGAGUGUAACAUCUACCGGGCACUCGGACAGCUUUCCCGGUUACACACCGUCAUCCUCGAUAUCGACUGUGAUCUCCGGCCCAGAACGACCGGCGAAUUACCCCGCCUGGGGUAUUUGGCGGAAACGCUCCCUAGCCCGACGUGUAUCCGGGAAACGCUCAUCAAUGCUGCCAUCGACGAGACGCUGGUCAGGAGUAUCUUCAAUCUCAUCUUCUCCCAUCAAGAGACGCGAAGGCUGAAACACCUGCAUGUGGAUCUCGUGGGAUCGGAUAUGUUUAAGCGGGAAUUGGAACACGUUAUUCGGCAGAUCGGAGGAUCAUUUCUGGCCACGCGAUCGGGCGUUAAUGAGGUGGAGGUCAAGGAAAUUGGCAGUGUUGCGUGGCAGCUCUGGCGUGAAGAUGACAUCGACCAAGAGGGAUCGAUUCAUAUUCCGAAGGUCAUCAAGGACAUUUUGGAGGAGUUUUGGCCGCUGAAUUCGGAUAGGAAUCGGAGUAAGAAGUGGAGGGAGAUGCCGUUGUUGGUUAAGAGUUUUCCUUUGGAGGAUGGGGCUGAACGAACAGAAGAAUAGUGACAUUAAUCACAUGCUAUAGUUCCAUUUACGCUGAAUUGUUUUACAUCAAGCCUGUCUGUUCUUUGAGAAGGACGGUUGUCCGGAAACACGCAGCUCAAACAUAUGAAACAAGACCUGGAAAUGACCAAUGUACCGGCUAUACGAUAGCGAACCCCUAUGUCAAAAGCCCUAGAAAAACAAGAUUCUGAAGCGACGGCUGGCCCCCGAGCUCAAAGUCGUAGAAGGAGCGGCGCUAGUCGCCGCAGAGGUACUUUCCGAAGGAAUGGCCAAGGAUGAAGCCGUGACUGUA